AUGUCGACCCCAAGCGACCAAAGGGACACGGUGGAUAAAGGCCCCCAGCAGAAAAAAGGCCUCCACCAAAAACCAUCAACCCCAAAACAAGAUUUGGGAUCACGAUCCAACCUAGCGACAUCUGUGGUGACCACUUCAACUUGGGAGGCGAGUGUUCGGGUGGCCAGUAGCAGCGAAGACACUGGUCAGGGUGAUGCUCAACUGCCACCCUUGUUACCAGAGGCUCGAUCCAGAUCUAGAUCAGCUUCGUCCUCUCCGGGUCAUCGACGUCAUGGACCUCGCCCUUUGUCCGUCCUUACUAGGACAACCACAAAUACGUCGGUGGCGGACAGCCUCCUACAUCAGAAUCCAAUACUUAAAGAGCAUGAACCCCUUACGACUCUGCUUGGCUUGAUUCCUGCCAAAGCACAAAAAGGAAUGUUUUCUGAAUGUGAAUUACAAUUGACAUGCAUUGCAGCAAAUGGUGACUACCUCGCCCUGGGCACUAACGUGGGACUUGUGUUUAUGUAUAACAGAAAGAAACGGUGCUUGGACAGGUUACGAUGUGAUGUAAGUAUUUCUUUUUUUGCUCAUCUCAUUCAUAUGGUGAAGAAAUACGACGUAUAUCAGAAUAAUCUCUCUCCUAUAAGUCGUGUUUUGUUCAGUUCCCUUAAAAAAAAAAAAAAAAAAAGUAAGAAUAUAGUCUAG